GACAAGCGAACGUCACUAUGGCAUCCAACCAACAUCCAACCAACAUCCAACCAAUGGUGUAACACGGCUUGAUCUUCUACAGGAGGUGAUAACACACGAACACGUGGUCGCCAUGAUGAAGGCUACCAUCAGAGACACCCAGGACCUGCCCAUGUUUGAGACCAAGAUGACCCGGUCCAGACUGAAGCAGGCUGUUCAGCAGGGACAGAGUCUCAACUGGACCCUGCCGGCUCCAAACCUGUCCAAGGUCAUGUGACUUCAGAGAGAAUGUCCAGUCUUGAGCGAGCUUCCAGUGGACAGCAGGUGUAGGAGAGUCAAAGGAUCAUGGGAGAUGGAGGGCCCCUGCAGACGGAGGGGAAUGCUCUCCUCAAAGCUGUGUUCCAGGGAAAGCUGCGGCUUGCCCGGCUGCUGCUGGAAGGCGGAGCCUACAUCAACGAAGGCAACGAGCGGGGAGAGACACCCAUCUCUGCCGCCUGCCUGGGGAGCUAUGACGACCCGCAGACCCGCCAGAGGAUGGUCCGCUACCUGUUGGAGAAAGGUGCUGACCCCAACAUCCCAGACAAGAGCGGCCGCACGGCGCUGAUGCAUGCCUGCGCCGAGCGGGCAGGGCGAGAGGUGGUGACCCUGCUGCUGGAGAACGGGGCAGACCCCAGCCUCAGAGACUAUGCCGGUGCCUCCGCCCUGGUCCACGCUAUCAACAGGGGAGACCGCGACACACUGCAGGUACUGCUGGACGCCUGCAAGGCCAAGGGCAAGGAGGUGAUCAUUAUCACCACUGACACAUCUCCAUCGGGCACCAAGAAGACCAAGCAGUACCUGAACUCGCCACCAUCACCCAGCAUCGUGGACAAACUGUCCCCUGCUUGCAUGUCUCCUUCAGAAGUGGAGAUUGGCACUGCGUCACCUGCAGGGGACAGGACCAAUGGUGAGGAGGGCAUCUUCAGCUUCGCGCUCACCUCGGCCUUACCACUGCCUUCGGCUCGGCCUCCAGGUGAGAAGCGGCCCCCACCUCGGAAGUUCCUGAAGAGGCUGAACUCAGAGCCCUGGGGCCUGGUGGCACCCUCGGUGCUGAGCGGAGUUCCUCCAGACCGGCUGGACCCGGGUCUGGAGGAAGAGGGCAGUAGUGAUCUGAGCAGAGCCACCGCUGAGAUGAACGGUCUAUCCAUCUCGGAGCCAGUCCGGACUCGGUUGUCACGACGACACAGCAUCGAGACACACGACCCCUGCUCUCCCAAACCAAUCGACCGUUCCUGCUCUGAGGACUGCACCGGCCUCUCUGCUACGUCCUGGGCCGACAAGGUGCAGCAGCACCAGAUCCUGUACAGGAGAAACACUGCCCCUGAGCCCCAGGAGAACACUGGGGGGUCUGGGGCUAUCCGGCUCCUGGUGCACCCUAAACUGAGCCGCAUGGAGCACUAUGAGUCCGACACUCACCUUUGUCCAGAGUCCAUCCCUGGAUCGCCAGACUCCGGGCGGGUGUCAGUGGAACGGCGACGAUAUAACGCCUCCCCAUUGUCCCUGGUGACCAGCUCAUCCAGGGAGUCUCUGGAGAACAUUCCCAACUCUGUGUCGCCCAUCACCAUGCGCCGUCGGCCCCCAGGUCUGCUGGAGCGCCGCGGGUCCGGGACGCUGCUGCUGGACCACAUCUCCCACACUAGGCCCGGCUUCCUGCCUCCUCUCAACAUCAACCCCCACCGACCCAUUCCUGACAUUCGAGCCAAUGGAAAACCCACCUCCCCUGUUCACAGCGGACACAAGAUCCUGGUCCCCAUGGCCCCGAUAUCUCCCAAGCGGGGCCCCGAAUUCAAAAUGAAGAAGAAGCUGAUGAGGAGGCACUCCAUGCAGACAGAGCAGAUGAAGCAGCUCUCCACCUUCCAGGAGAUCCUGGCUGAGAAGGUGGUUGAGUCCAAUGGGGACUGAAGACAGGAGGCAACAAAGCAGGAUGGGUAGCUGCUGAGUCCUAAGACCAGGUCCUGGUGACUGAGGUGAGCUUUGUUUGACACCACCUGAGUGGAUCAGUUGUCUUCACUGAGGUUUGGAUCGAAGGGAUGGUUCUGAUCAAAUGGGAUGUUCCCUGCAGCCGUCAGAAUGGUACCAGUUUGGAGAAUCAGAACUUUUCCCAAUCUAAAACAUCAACUUGGAGGUGCGUUUGAUUCAGAGAAGGUCCUGUAUGACGACAUGUUGGUGCUGGAGACUCGACAACCAGGCGGAUCCUGAACCUCCAGGUUGGUCACAGGGAAGGGGAGGUUCUGACUGGAGCCACACAGUGGCUCCCACAGGACCAGAACCUUUCAGACCAAACCCUCCAAGAUCCAGCCAGUGGUCAACCAUGGGUUCUGGUGGUAUCUCUGCUGAAGUGUGGGGGCAUCUCAGAGAGCUAGGGAUGGUCCUCUAAAGAGAACCGAAUGAACCUCCUCACAUCACUGUAUUCUGGAUCAGAACUGGUCCUGCAAUGUAACUGGGUCAAUUUCUCUGAGGUGGAUGAUCUUCAGGACCUCUCCAACCAGAAUCAAAGGCUGCAUGACUGCAGGGAAGGUGCUGAACCGCUCAGAACCAGAACUAUGGUCCAUGUUUCCAGCAGAUCUCAGUAAGAACCUGAGGAGAGUCUGAUGCAGGCGAGGUGAACCCUGACCUCUGAGGACCAGAUGCACUUCUGGCACAGAACCAAACUCUGCAAGAACUUUUUCUUGAACAACCUCGAACCAAGACAGAGUAACUAAACCCCAAAAUACUCCCUAUAACCGGUUCUUAAGAGUUCUGUCUUUAUUUUUUUGUACAGACAUUUUCAUGCAAACUUGUUUAAUUGCAAGAUUUUUUGUCUAAAACCAUCUCGGUGCUGCCCUCAUUAGGUUGAAGGGUGGCUACUGCAGUUGAUUUUUCCUGUUGGUUCCAGCUUUAUGUCACUCAGCGGGUAUUAAUGCUAACCCCUCCCUCAUCCCCACACUUGGCUCCACCCACCUUGGUGGGGUUUUUUUUUUUAUAAAUUUGUCAGGGGGCAGAGCUUUGCUUUCUGUUAAUUACACUUUAAAUCAGCCUGAAGGUGGCGCUUUUGUCCUACUGCGCUUCACAAACUAAAUGCUCAGAUCUCAUUUUAACAGUUUGCUGAUGUGUAAAGACUGACCCCUGGUGGUCACAGCAGAUUCAGCAACAGGUCUCUGGCAGGUUCACGGAUCUCAAGUCAGUUUUCAUCUGCAGCUUGGGUUAAGCUAUAACUAAAUCUGACAUGUAUUUUAAUGAUUCAACUGAAUUUAAAUUUAACUGUUAUUUUACAGACUUAUUCCAGAUUGAUAUCAAAUCUAUAUUUGAAGUGCUUCAGUUAAAUUGCAUCAGGGUGUCAAACUCCUGUCCUGGAGGGUCGCUGUCCUGCAACCGUUAGAUGAGCCUCUGCUGCACCACCGGAAUAGAAUAAUGAGCUCUGAGAACUGAUCUACACGAGGAGGAGGUCAUUAAACUAUUUCAUUCCAGAGUUUUGUUCCUGGCUCGUCUAAAACCUGCAGGACAGCGACUGGAGUUUGAUACCUGUGAUGUAGAUGUUCUGGUUUAGUUGAAACCGGAAGUUCAGGUUCUGAGAAAAUCAGAUCAGACCAAUAAAUAAAGUACUUUAAUCCAGAACUUUUCUGUAAUGGAUGAAAUACUGAGUGGAAGGAAAAAGUGUGAGGACCAAAUUGUACGAGAAGCUUUGAGUUUUCUGGGGACGUGCUGUGGUAGCACAGGGGGUUACCAAGCCCCGCGUUAGGAGGCCUUAGUCUUCGACGCGGACGUUGCGGGUUCGAUUCCUUCCUGUCUGCCUACUGUUGCAAAAAUAUGAGCCACUAGCGCUGCAGAAACUUAGAAAAAAAUGGAAGAAAAAAAAUGAUGUUUUCUGAUUGGCUGUCCCAGCAGGACUUGGUACUGGUUCUGAUCGCUGUGGUUCUGUAAAUGUUUGGUGUAACUUUGAUUCUCCUCCAUGUUCUCUGAAGAGGAGCUCCUGUUGCUGUCUGGCCGAUGAAGGACAGGAAGCUGACAAUACGACAUCCUGACGCACCGAGAUUCUGAUGGACAGAGACCCGGUUCUUCCACAUCAACAAUUAGAAAAUAAAACUUUCAUCCAACUAAGUGCUAAUUUCUGGGUCGGGUUGGAAACCGACAGAAUGUUUUCAGAACAUCGCAGUCCAAUGACCCAAACCCAACCACCGGGUCAGA